ACAAGAAAUGGAUUUAAAUUCAGAAUCCUUCAUCGUGAUGAACGACGGAAACAAAAUUCCAGCCAUCGGCUUCGGUACCUACGCCCCUGAUAACUUCCCUAAGAGCUUGGCCGAAGAGGCUACCAAGGUGGCUAUCGACGUUGGGUAUCGCCACAUCGACUGCGCCUUUAUCUACGGUAACGAGGCAGAGGUUGGUCGCGCAAUCAAGGCAAAGAUCUCAGACGGGACGGUGAAAAGAGAAGAUAUAUUCUAUACCGGGAAACUCUGGAACACGUUCCUCAACCCUGAUCUUGUUCGGCCGGCUCUAGAAAGGUCUCUGAAGGACCUUGAGAUGGACUACAUGGACCUCUUCAUCAUCCACUUGCCGUUUGGCCUGCAGCCGGGUGGGGAUCUGAUGCCUGUGGAUGAAAACGGGCACUUUAUUUUUCAUAACGUCGAUCUGCGUGAUACGUGGGAGGCUCUGGAGCAGUGUAAAGACGCGGGGCUGGUGAGGUCCAUUGGGGUCUCCAACUUCAACCGAAGGCAGCUGGAGCUGAUCCUCAACAAGCCGGGACUGAAGCACAAGCCGGUCUGUAAUCAGGUGGAAUGUCACAUCUACCUGAAUCAGAAACAAUUGCUGGCGUUCUGUCAAUCUCACGAUAUCGUUCUCGUAGGAUACGGCAUACUGGGGUCCAGCAGGGACGAGGGAUGGUUUGACCAAAACGCCCCGUUUGUCCUUGAGGAUCCGGUGUUAAAGGCCAUUGCUAAAAAGCGCAUGAAAUCGCCUGCCCAGGUAGCCCUGCGCUAUCACCUGCAGCACGGCGUGGUAGUCCUGGCGAAGAGUUUCAAUCCCGUCCGGAUCAAAGAAAACUUUCAGGUCUUUGACUUCCUCCUGACUGCAGAAGACAUGGAAGCCCUCGACGCCUUGAACAGAAACAUGCGCUAUAUUCCGGCAACGAGGUUUAAGACCCACCCGAAUUUUCCUUUCCACGACGAGUACUAAAGCAGCAGCAGAAGACGGAGCGGAACGCAUUUCCUGCUUCCAGAUUCAAAACGGAUCCAACAAGUCUGUGAUUUAUCACAUUUUUUAUUUUUUUUCCCCUGCAAUCCUGUAAUUUGAGUGUAAACAAUAAACGUAU